UUACGUUUUCGGCGGGAAAAGACAUGUCAAAGUCACAGAAAGUCAUGAAAUCUGGAAAGAGCAGCUUGAAUAAAAGCCGUGCAUCUCAAUCCCAAACACAGUCGGUUGCAUCCCAGUCGCAACACUUAUCGGAGGAGGAAUUCAAGGAAUUGGUGGCUGAUAUAGUCAAAUACAUUCUUCAUCGGCAUUUUGAAGGAAAAGUUACCAGGAGAACCAAAAUCCGAGAUGACAUUAUCAAAAGCAAAACUAGAAAAUUUGAUCAGCUUAUGGAAAAAGUUAAAUCACGUUUUGAGAAGUGUUUUGGGAUGCAACUCAUUCAGAUGGGGAAUGGUCCAGGAAAAGAAUCUUAUACCCUUAAGAACCGAUUAGCAGAGCAAGAUUACUCUUUGCGAGAUCCCAAGUUGGAGCGAGAAUUAUCACUUUGGAAUAGCAAUGCAGAACGUGCCAAAGAUGGGCUUUUAUCCAUUGUUCUGGCUUUUUUAUUUAUGAUGAAGACCCCUGUCAAGGAAGAGCGACUUUAUUGCUUCUUGAGGAAUAUUAAAGUGUUGGAAAAUGAGAUCUUGUUCACCAAUGAAGACAUCAAAACACUGCUUACAAGGGACUUCGUUGAACAGCAGUAUCUUAGUUACAAAGAUGAGCCCUCCAAGGAUCCAGAUGAAAAAAUCAAAGUUUUCAGUUGGGGUGAUCGAGCACGGCUCACUAUAAAAAAAAGUGAUGUAUUCAAAUUUAUGAGUGAGAUUUACCAUUGUUCGGAAAACCACUGGAAUAGUCUUUAUGAAGAUGUAGAAGAUCAUAGUGACAGUGGUGACGAAAGUGGACCUGAAGAUGGCGAGACUAGCUUCAACAACUGAAAGUGGACCUGGAAUAUUUUGUUACCAUUUGUCUUUGCGGCCAAUAAUUUGUUUAAUACUUUUAUUUUUAUAUUGUUUAUACGUUGUGGACAUUCCCACUGUUUUGUGUAGUUUUAAGAAUCUAAUGCAAAAAAGUGCCUAUUUUGUUCCUCUACCAAUUGAAUUACAAUUAAAAAUAGUCAAUAAUACUCUGUUCAUUUUCUAGUAUCUAGACUUAUUCUACCUUCGUAAACUUUAACGUUUUUGUGAACUUAAUAUCUCUACCAACUUUCUGUCAAAGAGGUGAGAUGUGAAAUACACUAUGUACCUAACCAAGACCAUUUUUUGCUGAGAAAAAAGUGUUGUAGGAUCUUCAUUAAAAUAAUUUUUAAAAUUUUACCCUCUUAUGUUUUGAAAUUUUGCGUGAAAAUGUAAGCCUGUCUUUAAGAGUCUAAGUCUUGUAAUUAGAAUUUGGGAUGUGAGAACUAUCAAAACUCAAAGAUUAUUCUCACAAAAUUUUAUUUACAUUGUAUUACACUCAUGGUAUGUACAUUUAUCUACAAUUGCUCCAAUAAAGAUCUGUACGGGUGA